GAACAAGAACAAUCAAGAUUUGAGGUUAAUGGAAUCAAAAAUGGAAGGAGAUGUGUUUUCCGGAUUUGGAGAGAGAUACCAGAUGGAUGGCAAAGUGUUGCAGAAUUUCCAAAAGAGCUUUGUUCAGGUUCAAGACAUUUUGGAUCAGAACCGGCUUCUCAUCAACGAGAUCAACCAGAACCAUGAGUCAAAGCAAGCAGAUCACUUGGGAAGAAACGUUGGUUUGAUAAGAGAGCUCAACAACAAUAUCAGAACUGUGGCAAGUCUUUAUGGUGAUCUCUCUCAUUCUUUUGCCAGAUCCAUUGAUGCUUCAUCAGAAGGAGAAUCCACUGGGACCAACAACCAAAAGAGAUUUAGAUCCGGUUAAUAUUACCAAAAGAAAGAUCAAUCUCUCUGUUUCUGUAGAGUCAAUGCUAAUCUGAAUAUGUAUUGUGCAACAAGACAACAAGGUCACUUCUGUUGGAAUGAGUUCAUGUCUUUAGUUCAGAGAAUAAAAAAAAGGAAGUUCAUGUCCUUGAUGAUCAGACCUUUGGGACUAUAAUGAUAUGUAGAGCUCUUGCUUUCUUUGGUUCUUGAUUGACUUUGUAGACC